AUGGAAAGAGUGCGACCCAGUUCUGACGGAUGGAAACGCCAUCCGCGUUCUCCAGAACCGAACAAAGUCUGGCUCCAUUUGACCGUGACGGGGCGAGCAAACGGGCGUCAUCGUCACGCGUCCUGUGCUCUACAUCAGCCUCGCCGUUCCGCCGCACGAAAGUCCGCCUGGCACUGGAAUUCAUCCGAUUGCCUUCCAGACAGACGGCAAAUGUGGAGCCUUCGACGUUGGCCGGAGGCCGUGCCGACGCUCCGACGCUCCGAGGCUGGCCAGGCGAGCGUCGGCUUGAAGGUCUACCGGGAGGCGGUGUUAAGCGAAAUCGACCGACCUACCAAAAUGACCCAAAACUGUGAUGGGUCGGCCGGCCAGCGCCGAACUGGCCUCAUCCGCAAAACUUGUGCCGACCGUCGCCAGACCCACUGUCCCGUGGCUCACUUGGACGCUGCCUGUUUGGACACACGCACACGCACACGCACACGCACACGCAUGCACACCCGCAAACUUGACAUGAGUGCAUUCGCUGCCUUACAUGGCAUCGAUUUGAGGAGUGUCAAGCUGCAGAGUGGCAGGGCCCAUCGGCAAACAUGCACUGGCUCAGAGCCCUGCCGGCCGGAACAACCGUCGCCUCUUCAGGUGGGAGCCACUCCCGAGAGUGUGUUGACUCGGUUGACUUGGUUGACUCGGUUGACUCCAAGUCAAUGCGGUAGCCAGAGCUACUCGGAACGGUUUGAUUGGUCGUCCUUACUGACCUGA